AUGAUGUCAUCAAAUGAGAAUUGUUCCCACAUAAUCAUGAAUAACAAACGAGUGGGUUUUCCCUGGAUGGGGAGUAGGAUCCCGCGUGCCACUUUGGUGUUCCAAACUGUCAAAAGCGUGACUCACACCUGCACGCCAACCAACUCAGUGACGAACUUCCUGCUCACCUUUUCUCCCAACAAACUGCAAUGCACUGAUGACAAAACGCCAACCGUAUUUAUCUGACAGUUUGAAGUCGCUUUUUUUUUUGCUAGAGUGGUCGAGCCCGAUAAGAAACUACAAAUGCGUGUUUACUGUGGAUGACGCCUACAGCCCGAGGACGCACGAGGAAGGCGAAGGGGCGAAGUAAGGAGGCGGCGGCGGCGGCGGGUGGCGUUUUUCCACAGCGCUGAUGAAAGACACACACCGGCCGUCCACCGGGAACACGCUCGGGUGUCAUGCCUUGACCACGACAGAUUAAUGUUCCACCAUUAAACUGCAGAAGGCAGCAGCACGUCAGAGACGAAGGCCUCCGCGGAUGGAGCGCGGUGCUCUUUAAUCCGUCCUCAAACCUCCCUGACAGGCGAGCAACAACACGGGUGAGGUGUCGGAGGACGCUUGAAUUAGAGGAAGAAUUUAUGGGAUCACAAGUUUCCUCUGAUGAGAUGAGUGUGCGUGCUGGCCAGGGCAGUGAUGAGGUGCUCGUUUCUCAGGCGGUGUGGGAUUACCUGGCUGCAGCUGGGCGGCCCUGGCUCAUUGACUUCCAGCACAGGCAGGGGAUGAGCGCCGGGAUCAUUAGGCGGGGGGAGAGGGGUGGCUGUUGUGCUGUCCGGCUCCAGCCAGUUGAAGGCUUCAGGAAUGCCGGAGUGAUGGGCGGACCGGUCUCCAGCGACACCCGAAAAGCUUUUAUUGACUUAUGCCGCUGUGCCCGUAAAGAGAUGUGCAAACAGGAUGGGGGAUCCAAGAGGAAGAGGGGCAUGCUGCCAUGUGGGGUGGAACAGAACGGAGAGGGGAACCUGCUGCAGCCCCCUCCCCUGCAACCCAGACGCUCCCAGAGACAGCAGCAGAGGUUCAGGAAGCCUGCUGAUGAGGAGGCGUUUGCCAUGCUCCAUGAGGCAGCCCAAAGGAAGGACCUGGGCUCCAGCUUAGCUUCCCAGAGUGAGGCUGAGGAUGGGAACACUUGUUCAAUCUGCAUGGGGGACAUAGUGGAAAAGACCACUCUGGAGAAAUGUGGCCAUUCUUUCUGUCGCUUUUGUCUGGACCAAGCCUUCAAGGUGAAGAAAGCGUGCCCUGUCUGUCGACUUGUGUACGGCCAACUGGUCGGGAACCAGCCUGCCAAUGGUUCAAUGAUUGUAGAGCGGGAUCCUGACCUGGAGCUUCCUGGCCAUGAAGGCUACGGGUGUAUCUGCAUCAUUUACAGCUUCCCUCCUGGCCUGCAGUCAAUAGAGCAUCCCAAUCCGGGUGUUCGAUACCCCGGAACAGACCGGGUCGCUUACCUCCCUGACAGCCCUGAGGGGAACCGUGUGCUGGGCCUGCUGCGGCGGGCCUUCGAACAGCGCCUUAUCUUUACCAUCGGUACCUCUCUGACUACAGGCAUGCAGAAUGUUAUUACUUGGAAUGACAUCCAUCACAAGACCUCAAUAUGGGGCGGACCACGCUGUUUUGGUUACCCAGACCCCACUUACUUGGUGCGAGUGACAGAGGAGCUGCGAGAGAAAGGGAUCACAGCCGACUAACUGUCUAAAAAUGUCAGAUCUUCCAGGACUUUGUCAGCCUUUGGGAUUGUCCUCGUUCUUAGGACAGAACUCGGAUUCAUGUUGUGCUCUGUGACUUCCCGCCACCUGACAGAUGGCUGAAGACAAAGACCUUAUCAAACAGGUGUUCAAUGCUGCAGCAGAGCUCAUAUUUACCCCAUUACUUGUUCUUCUGUUUUUCAUCUUUCUACAGCGCUGCAUGUUUAAGAAUUUCCUUUGAGUGCACUAGUUUGUUUUUUCAUGAAACUCCUCAAAGGUGUCGUCAUUGGCCUGGAAUUUAAUGCUCUUUAUUUUAGGAGCUUAUGGCAUGUUGAAAUUCAUAGUACUUUCUUUAUAUAUUAUUUUGGUAGACUAACUAUUAGUGUGAUAAGAGCUAAAAUGCUGUCAUUGUUUAUUUCCUGCUCCUAAUUUUAAAUCAUGAAAGCACACAGUCUUUGUUGCAUCGUGCAGUAACUUUUGGUCUUAAUUAUGUUUUAAGGGUCAUUACCCGUUUUAAGGAUUGGUUCUGAUUCAUGUGGCAGAGUAGCACUGCUCUUAUAACCAGAAUUCUGUCUGAAUUCUUGUGAUUCUCAGAACAUUUUUUUGAAGUUGUUGCAAUCUAAAGCACUCACAGGCACUUUGGUAAGGUGGUUUCUUUCUCUGAGAAGCAGGAGGAGUCGUCCCUGCUUCCCCCUGUUGUGUGUGUGUGUGUGUGUGUGAAUGGUGUUUGAAGCAGUCAGGUCCGUGCAGCCUCAGCCACGCCUGGCUACAAGUUGAUGUCAGUCCCUAAAAACUAUUACUUUGUGUGUUUCUGCUUUUACUGAAACAGGAGGAAUGUUAAAUGUGCAGCACCUUUGAGCAUGCUUUAGCACUGGGUGGUGUCCUUUCACCCCUGCCGUUGUUUCACGAUGUCUCCCAGGCGUUGCAUACCAUUACCUCACUCGUUACUAACAUGCUCCUUUGAUUAUCAGAUUUAUGACGAUGUCAACUAAGAAGGGCAUAUAUACACUUGAACCAAAUCAAAGGCACAAAGGCUCUUUAAAUAGCUAUGCUUUGGUCCUUGUCAAACUGGGAGACUUGCCUAUUCCUGUUCUAAAUGAGAUACUUGUUGGAAACGUAAUUAUCCAAAAACUAUAAUUAACUAAAAAUAUACAUUUGGACAAAAAUGAAAGAAUUGAAUUAGUUUUUAAGCUCAGUGACUGGUCUCAUUUUGUUGUGCCUUUAAAAUGUCCAUUUUUGGUUUAAAAAAUAAAAGAUUUAAAAAGGGAUGAUUUGAUGAAUGGUAACCUUUUUGGAUGUAUUUUUAUGAACAGCAGUAUGUUCUUGCUGCACUGUAUUUGUUUUAUUCAUGAACAGACUACUUGGUUUGUGAGUGUGUACAAUGUUUUGAUCAACGUGCUUCACCCUCCUAAUAAUUUCUACCUUCCAAAUAAAAAAAUAAAAUAAAAAGAGUAAAAAUUUAAACAUACAUAUAUAUGAUAGAGCUUUGCAAAGUCCUUUAGCCUUCUUGGUUAAUUUCUCAAUGUGUUCAGUUAUCAUUACCAUACAUCAAAUAUUGUUAUUGUUAAUUUGGUCCUGUUGUGAUUUAGUCUAGGGACCAACUUGGUUUUGUUUUUGGGACACGGGAUUGUAGUCCACUAAAGCUACUGUGCAAACGUUUCUAUGCAUUACACGAGGGAGGAUGAGCCAGGACAGUGAGUAUUUGGAGGGAGUCCACAUUUUAUUUUGAUUGUCAAAGACAGCCGAGUUUUGCUUUUCUAUUUGUGCUGAUCUUACUUUGUUGAAAUUCAGAAUAUUGUGCUUUACAUUUUAAUACUUGAAUAAAAGUUUUUGUUUUGGCU